AUGGCCGUCGUCAUCGACGAGUGCCCGCCCCUGGCAAAGCUUUUCGAGGGGGGCUUCCUGGAGAAGCGCUUCCAAGAAGUGUUUCAGGUUCCCAGUGCGGUGCUGGCAAGAUCGGGGGCGGGAGCGGAGGCCUCCGAAGUCCGGGACGCGAUGUCUAUUGCAUUGACGAGGAAGGGAACGAAAGGAGCCGCCGCCACCGCCGGACCCAAUCGUGGUGGUGAUCUCGCUGGAGACGCGCCGGAGGGCGCCCGGGGGGGACGGGGUUCCGCUUCUCCUCGCGGGGGGGGCUCGGCCUCUCCGAAACGGGGAGGGCGGAAGGGCGCCCGGGGAUCGGGAUCAGGCGUAGAGGCCGAAGCCUGGCCGGGACUCGAAGAAGCUCUCAAGGAAUCAGAAAAGAAGGUCACCCCUGUGGCGGAGGCGGGACCGGCGACGGCACCGGUGGUAGGCAGUAGCGGCCAGGGCAUCGGGAUGAGGGCCCGCCCGGCGGGUGGGGAAGCCAAGGACGAGUCCGCUAAGCGGAUCCGAAACCGAUGCAACCGAGUCCAUGUGAAGGUCAUCCCAGGGCCGGCAAAGCUGGUUCACCUUCAGGGCUGCUUCGGACAAGGAUAG